AUGCCCUCGAGUCCGUGCCGUGCCGUUAUUCUAGUGCUUCUGGGGCUCUCCGUGUGCCCUCCGCCCACCACAACAACAGCAACAGCAACCAGAACAGUCGCCAGUGGUCCACGUCGUGCUAUCGGUACCUUCUGGACGACCAUCAGGAAUGCAUCGUCCUCGUCCGUUGGUGGUUUCGUGUCCGCAUCUUCCUCCUCCUUCCAGUACCGCCCAACGCUAGUGGUUGACCGGAGUAAGGUGGCCGGUGGGACGAUCGCUGGUAGCGAACAAUUCCCCUAUCUGGUCGCCAUUUUGCUGAGCUUCGGUGAUGGUUCGGAAACGCUGUGCGGUGGAUCGAUUCUCUCGGAGCGUUUUCUCCUCACGGCCGCCCACUGUCUGUACGGUAUGCAGGAGGCGACGAUCGUCGCCGGCCUCAACUCGAUCCAUCUCCCAGUGGACGCCGGAGCGAGUGGUGCCGUAACGAUCAGCAUCAGUCCAGCCAACGUCAUCAUGCACCCCGGGUACGAUCCGGUCGAUAUACUGAACGAUAUCGCGCUGAUCCACCUUCCGCAUCCACUCCCCCUACACUCGCCCCGUAUCCAGACGAUCCGGCUCCCAACCUGGAGCAACGCGUACACCGAUCUCACCGGGUACGACUCGAUCGUAUCCGGUUGGGGUAUCCAGUCGAACGAGGAUUUUGCUGAGGCGGGAAGCGCCGAUGAGGCACGUCUCGAACUCCGUUACGCCAACAAUGCGAUCGUACCGAACGAAAUCUGUCGCCGGGUGUACGGUGCGCUGAUACGCAACCAGCAGAUCUGUGUGUCGGGCGAAGGGGGCCGCAAUCCGUGCCAGGGUGAUUCCGGUGGUCCACUGACGGUCGAGUUCGAUGGGCAGCGCCUGACGCAGGUCGGCAUUGUGUCGUACGGGUCGAUACGGGGUUGCGAGAAGGGCGUACCGGGGGUCUAUACCCGCGUUUCGUCUUACAUCGAGUGGAUCGUCUACCAUACGGACGUUCUACCGUAG